UUUCUUCCCCUUAGGAGCUGGUGGACAUAAAAAUGUUGCAGUGUACACGAGUUGUAAAUGAAGUCCUCCAGACUGUGGAUUAUGUGUCUCCCACGGAGAGAGUUGUUUUUCAGACUUGUGAAAAAGAGAAAGGUCGAGUUGUUUUUCAGAUGGGAACUGCAGAUGCAAAGAGAGCGUUGGCUGUGGCAAAACUUGUAGAAGAUGAUGUUGCUGCUAUUGAUGUGAACAUGGGCUGUCCCAAGGAGUAUUCAACUAAGGGUGGCAUGGGUGCAGCACUUCUGUCAAGUCCUGAAAAAAUAGAGGAAAUACUGAAAAUGUUGGUAAAUGGAAUUUCCAAGCCAGUAACCUGUAAGAUACGAAUCCUCCCCACAGUGGAAGAAACUGUCAGCCUGGUGAAGAUUAUUGAGAAAACUGGUGUCGCGGCUAUUGCUGUUCAUGGAAGGAAAAAAGAGGAAAGGCCACAACACCCUGUUCAUUGUGACUUUAUUAAGGCAAUAACAGAAGCUGUAUCUAUUCCAGUUAUAGCCAAACACACUGUUACUCUUGGGGGGCGUGGCACUGUGUGCUUCAGAGCAGCUGCGGCUUGGAUGCUCGUCAUUGGUGCUUCCCUGGCUCAUGCUGCACGUGGUGGCAGAAGGACGGCUGUAUCCUUUGCUGUACCGGACACUUGGGGGUGUUGA